UCAUUAAAUAAUAAUAAUAAUAAUAACGUGUUCAUUGCUGUGGUUCACCACGAUCAUAAAGUGCGCUUGCGAUUUACGACUUCAAUUGUCAUUUAUCUCGUCAGGACAACAUUUAUAAUAUAAUCAUUACUGUUUAUCAUUUUCAAUCAUUAUAAAUUAUAAUACAUACGUGUACAAUAACACACGGCAAUAAUAAUAAUAAUAAUAUUAUAGUGGGUGUGUGCGUGUGCGUUUGCUUUCGCGUGCGUGUGGCAAACCGUCGUGGUUCUCUUAUCCCAAUCCCAUUUUCCAAUUUCCAAUCGGUUCGACCCGAUAAAGAAUAAAUGAUCUGAGUGGCUGGCCUACGCCGACGCCGCCGCCACCGUCGCGUUCUGAUCGACUUAUUUCGAUCGUCAUACGACGUGCCACGUUUAAUGUUUAUUAUCCGUGUGUCGCGCACCGCGUUGGUCUCGAUCUCUAUCCGCACUAUGGACCGUCCACGUUUCAGAAGACGACACUCGACAUCGUCCGCCUCCACCUGCUCUCUCGCCUACAAUUUGAGCACCGACAACGUUUAACAGGUCUCUACCACCACCGCGUCGGCGCAUCACCCAUCGAGCAACAGACGCACUCCGAGGAUAAGUCAACACAGGACCGGCGUAGUGACGUUCGUCGACAAGACUUAGGGCAUGUAAAGUUCGUUAUAAAGUCCUACCGACAUGUGCGGCGUCGACACCAAAAUGGCCGAAACCAAAGCACUGAUAUUGGUCGGUGGUUACGGCACGCGUCUUCGACCGCUCACUUUGAGCCGGCCAAAACCGCUGGUCGAGUUUGCCAACAAGCCGAUGAUACUUCAUCAGAUCGAAGCCUUGGUCACAGUCGGUGUGCGAGAGGUUAUUUUGGCUGUUUCGUACCGUGCUGAGCAGAUGGAAAAAGAGAUGAGUGAUGAGGCCAGAAAACUUGGUGUUCGGCUAGUUUUUUCCCAUGAAUCUGAACCACUUGGCACGGCUGGACCUUUAGCUCUAGCCAAACAUUUGUUGGCUAACCAACAAAAUCAGCCAUUUUUUGUUUUAAACUCUGAUAUUAUUUGUGAAUAUCCAUUUAAAGACCUAAUUGCGUUCCAUAAAUCGCAUGGAUGUGAAGGUACAAUUGUGGUGACUAAGGUUGAAGAGCCCUCCAAGUAUGGUGUUGUGAUGUAUGAUGAAGACACAGGUCGCAUAGAAAGUUUUAUUGAAAAACCACAAGAAUUUGUUUCAAACAAAAUCAAUGCAGGUAUUUACAUUUUAAACCCGUCUGUGUUGGAUAGAAUUAAGUUAGAGCCAACAAGCAUUGAAAAAGAAGUGUUUCCUUUUAUGGCCCAAGACAGUCAACUAUAUGCAUUUAACUUGAAAGGUUUUUGGAUGGAUGUGGGACAACCAAAAGAUUUCCUAACUGGAAUGUGUAUGUACUUGACAUCGUUAAAGACACGUAGUCCAACUUCAUUGUAUUCUGCCGAUGGUGUCGUUGGUAAUGUUCUGGUUGAUCCAACUGCGACUAUAGGUGAAGGUUGUAAAAUUGGUCCAAAUGUUACUAUUGGUCCAAAUGUUACUGUUGAAGAUGGUGCUUGCUUAAGAAGGUGUACCAUACUAGCUGGAGCCACAGUUAAAUCACAUACGUGGUUGGACUCUUGCAUAAUUGGUUGGCGUUCAGUAGUUGGAUGUUGGGUUCGUAUGGAAAAUACUACUGUGCUUGGAGAAGAUGUUAUUGUUAAAGACGAACUGUACAUUAAUGGUGGACAGGUUUUACCACACAAAUCAAUCAGUACUUCUGUACCUGAUCCUCAAAUUAUUAUGUGAUUAAUAUUAUUUAUUUAUUUUUUUUUUAAUAUUUAAUUAUUAUUAAUUGUUAUUUUUUUAUUU